AUGUCGACCACAUCCCAGGACACGAAAGGCAGAGAAACACUGCUGGGACUCAUUUUCAAGUCUAUCAAUGGCAGUGAAGAGUGGAUAUGUGGAAUUCUCGAGGGUGUUAUUCAACAAGCUUCCUUCUAUCCUGCAUCCGGUUUACAUGACACCAAUAUCUCUGUCGAUCUUCUACUCGAAGCAUGGCAUAAGUCCUCCGUUGCUAAGAAAAUGGGAAAUCUCCUCUCUACAGAGAGUGAAUUUGAAGAAGAAGGUGCCGACUCGAGUCAGAUUUUCGAUACAAAAGUGGUUGAGGGGCUUACGCUUUUGGUAUCAACAAAGGAUUCGUCAGGGGCUCCCAUGACGCCAAUGGACACGAUUACAACACAAACUGACCUACCAACCUUUGAUUAUUCUCCUUUACCUGUUACCAAUGAUUCACCUUUACGACCACGUGGGGGAGAACUAUUUGACACCACUGUCAGCCGCAAACAAGAACCCGCAUCACGGGCCCCAGAUUCCUUGCCAUCCGCUAUCCCUGACCUUCCGAAGGACUGGUCAUAUCUUCUAGAUCUCUAUUUCGAGACGACACACUGCUGGUUUCCUAUAUCUCAAAAACACGAGCUGCUACGAGCUGCGUACACAUUAUCCAACGAGCCAACGACGACGUCUUCUAGUUCACUGUCUACAGGAGAAAUGGCGUUUCUUCAAGCCGUCCUAGCAUAUGCCUCACAUCAGUCAACAACUCUAUCGAAUACCCCCAACGGCAAAUCUGAUGUUAUGAGUAGUCUCAGAUCGCCACAGAAUCUACUCGAGACAAGUUUAUUCGCCAACCCAACUACCUUUGAUCUCGGACACGUUCGAGCUCUGCUUGUCAUAUGCCUCUUUGAAAUGGAUCAAAAACACUGGUCUUUAGCAUGGACUACCAUCGGCCGGGCCAUAUACACAGCGAUAUCCCUUGGGCUAUUCGCACAAGGCACCACAAUCGAUCCGUCAAGCCGAGAUGGUCUAAAACGGACAAUGAUGGGUUGCACGAUACUAGAGACAAUUGUUGCAGCACGUCUCGAUACUCUUCCUUACCUCACCUCCUCCAAUUUCUUACUUCAGAACGGCUUGUUGGCUGAUGGAAACGAGGAAUGGGAGCCAUGCAACCUCAAGAUCCUCGUUGAACCAGAAUCUCAGCAAGACCAACAGAACCCGAACUCACAUGUUCCGGGGCAUGUGAUAAGCACCUUCAACAGAUACCUCCAACUCGUUCUAUCAUUGAAUGAUCUGAUACACCACAAAAAGAACCUUGAUCCGGCUGGGAGCUUCGGCAAGCUCAUAGGCUUGUGUAGAGAGAACUUCAGCACUAUGGGUAGCUUAAAAGCUACCAGCCUGUCACCUCAGGCUCUUGGUCUUUGGGUAGCUUCAGUCGCCAUAUUUGAGAUGGCAGCAACUGUUGCAAACCGUCCUAUUGUCGACCGCCCCAGCGGCUAUUGGGAGAAUGUCGCAUGGUUGGCUGGCAUCACAGAGAAACGCGUCCUGAGCAUAGGUCGCUGUGCUAUCCCACCUGUCAUCAAUACUUGCAUGGAAUUAUUAGCGAGCUCCUUGCAUGACCAGGAAGCGUACUAUGCAGGUACUAAUUUUGGCGAUGACUUCCAUUGCGCUAAAGAAUCGAUUGCGAAAUGCCUAGAUACCCUACAAGAAUCGUUAGGAAGAACGUCUCAAGCCGAUGCCUAUAACGAUUUAGAGGCUAUACCGGCCGGAAGCAGCAGCCAUUCUCUCCUCCCAAUGCAUAUUGCAGUUGGCAAGGAACCAGUACCAUCCCGUUUCGAACUACCACCAACUCCAUCAACACUAUUUUCGAGCAAGGUGGACACGUCAGUGCCGGGCAAUGCAAUGCAUUCACAACCACCAGGCGGAAUGUCAUUCCCAAUAGACCCAGCCUUGGGGGCAAACAUUGAUGACGACGGCCUCUUUGACAGCCUCGCUACGUUGGAUUCAACGGAUUGGCUGGCAAACCCACCAGAGUUCAUGCAGCAUCUUGGAAUGCUUGAUGAUGCCCCUAGUAAUCUUGAACAUCUUUUUGAUAUGGGAUUCUAA